CCAAGAGGCAAUGCAAUAGAAUAUCAUAGCGUCGGACAUGGCCACUUGUUCUUGUGCUUGGCGCAGAUCCUGGCCCACGCCCGAGCCCCCUUUGGAGUUUGAAAGACAGACUCGACAUUGACAUCAACAUCGACAUUGACAUCAACAUCGACAUCGACAUCGACAUCGACAUCGACAUCGGCAACUGCACACCGUCCGAUCGCUGUGACACAUCUUUGCAAUGUCUCGCCAAAAUGGCAGUGUCUCCGCACGACACGGCAACGGCAUUGUGAAGCAAGUCGCGAAUGGCUCGACCAUCGCCGGCAAAAAUGAUAUCGCCCUGCCAGCUAUUGGCAAUAGACACUCGCGAGACUCUGCCACAACAUUGAACCUGCUCAUAUGUGUAGGCGGCAUCUACGCGUCUUUCCUGACAUGGGGUGUCUUGCAGGAACGAAUAACGACCACGAACUAUGGAACCGAGACCAAGAGAGAAGUGUUCAAAUACCCAGUCGUGAUGAACACCGUUCAGUCGACCUUCGCCGCAAUCCUUGGAUAUGUCUAUGUCUUGGCCACACGCAAAAGCUCAGCAGACCUGCCAGUCUUUCCUUCCAAAGCAAUCCUCUGGCCAUUGAGCUUAGUGGCCAUAACGUCUUCACUGGCCUCGCCCUUUGGCUAUGCUAGUCUGCAACAUGUGGAUUACAUCACAUUCAUAUUGGCCAAAUCAUGCAAGUUACUGCCAGUAAUGUUCUUGCAUAUCACGCUUUACGGCAAGCGAUAUCCAUUCUACAAGUACGCAGUCGUUGCGCUCGUAACUUUGGGUGUCUCCAUCUUCACCCUUUACCAAUCCUCGGGGAAAAAACCGAAGGGUGCCCGUACCAACAGCACGUACGGACUCACUUUACUCUCCAUCAAUCUGAUCUUCGAUGGCCUCACGAAUACCACACAGGACGAUAUAUACGCCAGGUUCCGGCCAUACACCGGACAACAAAUGAUGUGCGCAUUGAACGUCCUGUCUACGAUCCUGACGUCUUGCUUUCUCUUGCUUGCGCCAUAUCUGGCAGAGUCGGGAAUCGGCGGAGUGGUUGGACUAGACCUUACCAAGGGAGCGAACGAGCUAUAUGAGGCGCUUGCGUUCGUACAGCGGCACCCGACUGUCGGCUGGGAUAUCCUUGGCUUUGCUGUUUGUGGCGCUCUGGGCCAAGUGUUCAUCUUCAUGACACUUUCAAUAUUUGGCAGUCUGUUGCUCGUCACUGUGACGGUGACGCGCAAGAUGCUGACCAUGAUUCUGUCUGUGGUUUGGUUCGGGCAUAGCCUCACCAGGAUGCAGUGGCUCGGAGUUGGACUGGUAUUUGGCGGCAUUGGCAUCGAGGCGGAACUGAGCAAGCGAGAGAAACGGCGAAAGCUGGGCGAGAAGAAGCGCAGCUGA